AGCCGCGGCUGUCUUCUCCUCCUCUCCUGCUGCAAGCCCCCCCACCCCAGUGUAUGGUUUUUAUACAGGGAAUGUGUCUUUAAGAGCGGCAACCGAAGCAAAUGGCCGGUGGAAAUCACAAACAGUGAUCCGAGUUGUAAUGUAAUCUGAGGGCGAGACGUGAUGGAAGACGCAUCCACGGAGGCAGCCUUUAGCUGAGUAGUUUGAGUAAUGAAUAUUGAAGGAAUGUGUCGGCCACAGGCGAAAGGGAAAAUCUUUCAUCCGCAUUGGCUUUAAAACGCACACACACACACACACACACACAUGCCAUCAGAGGAAACAGAGCCUUUCAUUCCCGGGAUUCACCUUUAAUAGGACAGCGACGGUUGAAUUUACUACAAUGAGGAAGAGAGUCGUCGGUCCAUGAACAAUAAUAACAAUAAUAAUAAUAAUAAUAAUAAUAAUAACAACAACAACAGAGUCAGUCUGGCCGAUUCCUAUGUAGCCAAACAUGUUCAAGUAUCGGAUCCGCAUGUUUUUUAAUGAACUGAAAGUCCUGGUGUUUAUGCGAUCCGAUUCGAGACAGUCCGGCUCAGACACAGAGAGACGCUCCACAGCCAACACCACCACCACCACCGCCACCACCAUGCGAGGUCUGGGGAUGGGCGGCUGCGGCUGGCCGCCCUUCGUCGACUGCCGUUCGCGGGACGAUGAGGAGGAAUACUACGGCAGCGACCCGCGGCCCCGCAGCCUGGCCUUUGAGGACAAGGAGCCCAAGCUGCAAGUGGGCCUGGACGCCGUGUCUCUGGCCAGCACCGCCAGCAGCCUGCGGACCCCCCAGUGCCGGAUCUGUUUCCAAGGCCCAGAGCAGGGGGAGCUACUGAGCCCCUGUCGCUGUGAUGGCUCGGUGCGUUGCACCCAUCAGCCCUGCCUUAUCCGCUGGAUCAGUGAGAGAGGCUCCUGGAGCUGUGAGCUCUGCUACUUCAAGUACCAGGUCCUGGCAAUCAGUACCAAGAACCCGCUGCAGUGGCAGGCCAUCUCUCUGACAGUGAUUGAGAAGGUCCAGAUAGCAGCCAUCAUUCUGGGCUCCCUGUUCCUCAUCGCCAGCAUCUCCUGGCUGAUCUGGUCGUCCCUCAGCCCUUCAGCCAAGUGGCAGCGUCAGGAUUUGCUCUUCCAAAUCUGCUACGGCAUGUAUGGCUUCAUGGAUAUCGUCUGUAUAGGCCUCAUUAUCCAUGAGGGAUCAUCUGUUUAUCGAAUUUUUAAACGAUGGCAGGCUGUGAACCAACAGUGGAAAGUACUGAACUAUGAGAAGUCCAAGGAUCUGGGCGACCCGUUGAGUUCCAAUAAGACUGGCUCUCGUGGCUCUCGCAGUAACACUCACGGACUGGCCAGCAGCAGCAGCAGCAGUGUGCGACAGAGCAGGAGGCUAAGGACUAUCCUGAACCACCACUGUGGCUACACCAUCCUGCACAUUCUGAGUCAGCUGAGGCCCAACGACCCGCGGAUCAGCGCCGCCGCCAACAGAGAGGUGGUGAUGAGGGUCACCACUGUAUGAGUGGGGUUAAACGUGUGCAGUGACACGGACCUCGUCGUCAGAUUCACUCAUAGAAGAGUGGACAGACAGCAUGGACGUCAUUUUGACUAAAACAGACUCAUGGAGGCUACAGGAGCCUGAGGAGGAGCUGAGCGAUGCCUGGAGCAUCAACAGACACUCUACUCUGGAGGAUUUCUCCUCCUGUUUCCUACAACAACAAAAAAAGCCAGAUGCUCUCUUUCAAUAAAUAAGAAAAAAAAGGAUAAAAAUGUGGACAAAACACAUUAAAGACAUCCAAUGUAAACACUGAGGACUAAAAAGUGUAAUCAUGCUUUAUAAUCUUAUUUAAACUGAUGAAAUGUUGUUGUUUUUUUUCCCAAUUCAGGGAGCACAGAGACAUUUUUCUUUGUGUUUUUGAUUAUCUUGGUUUUUAUUUCAACCGACUGUUUUAUCUCUCUCUUUUUUUACUCAUUUUGAUUUGGUCAGAAUGUUAAAUUUUUGAGGAAAACAUUCAAAUUCAUCACAUGGUACAAAUUUUCAGACAGCUAUGUAAAAUGAUCAGAAAUUUCUAUAAGCGAAACCAUGCUGACAAAUAGACCGUAAACUGAAACUGAAAACGCCCUUUGCAAUGCAAAGAUGGCGGCAAAAUAAUAAGUCAUAGUUUAAAGAACAAGAGGAAGUCACUACGAUUUCAGUGACACUUAACCUUUCUGCAAUAACGAUAUGUAUGUACAUUUCACAGGGAAUUUUGCAUGGGUAUAUAAUUUUAUUCUUCAUCUCAUGACAUAAGCACAUGACAAAUUUGCUCUAUUUCAAACGGUGCUUGCCAAAAUAAACACUUUGAAAACAUCCAAA